AUGGAUGAUAACAAAAGAUCUCUAUAUGCUAUUUCAAAGUCUAUUAGAGAGGAAGAGGAGAAGAAGCGAAAGCUAAACCCUCACUACUCUUUAGACACUUUGAAAGCAGAAGAGGAAAAGUUGAUAGCAGCAGUAAACCAAUCAUACAAUGCACCAUUGAAAGCAGUUCAUGAGAUUGCCAAAGGAAUAGUUUUUUCAAGGGAUGAGGAAACUUCCUGGAGGGUUCCCAAAAAGUAUUUGAAUCUAUCAGUGUCUGAAUGCCAAGAUCUUAGGUCCCGUUUGCUAAUUGAUAUCAAUGGCUCGGAUGUCCCUCCGCCAAUAUUAUCUUUCAAAGAUAUGGGCUUUCCUCAAGAAAUACUGGAUGCUUUGUCUAGUAAGGGGAUAUCUAAGCCUUCUCAGAUUCAAAUGCAAGGGCUUCCUAUAAUACUUAUGGGAAGAGAUUUGAUAGGACUUGCUUUUACAGGGAGUGGAAAAACAAUAGUUUUUGUUCUACCUAUGAUCAUGUUUUCUUUAGAAGCUGAACUAAGCCUUCCUUUUAAAGGAAUGGAAGGUCCUCACUCUCUUGUUCUUUGCCCAUCUAGAGAAUUGGCUCUACAAAUUAAGAGGAUUAUUGAUGAGUUCCUUGAGUUUUUAAGAGGAAACUAUAGAGAAAGCAGUGAAUGUUCCAAACAAAAAAAUACCAAAUAUCCAGAAUUAAGGGUAUCUUGUAUAAUAGGAGGUGAGAAUUCUAGCCAACAACUUGCAGAGUAUCAGAAGAAGGGUAUACAUAUGAUGGUAGCAACACCUGGGAGAUUAGCUGAUUUGUUAAAAAGACGAAAAGUUACUUUACAACAAUGUGUGUAUUUUUGUAUGGACGAAGCUGACAGGCUUACUGAGCAAGGAUUUGAGGAGCAUGUAAGGUACAUUUUUGAUAGUUUUUACGAGAGAAGACAAACUGUUUUGUUUUCAGCAACAAUGCCCAGAAAAACUCAAGAGUUUGCUCAAACUGCUUUAAUUAAUCCGAUUGUAGUAAAUGUAGGGAGGGCUGGAGCAGCGAAUUUAAGAGUAAUUCAGGAAUUUGAAUAUGUCAGACAAGAGCGUAGACUGGUUAGUCUGCUAUCAUGUUUACAAAAGACAGCACCAAAAGUAUUAAUAUUCAGUGAAAAUAAAAAAGAUGUGGAUGAAAUUCAUGAAUACUUAUUAAUAAAAGGAGUUAAUGUGGUGGCAAUACAUGGAGGUCUUACUCAAGAACAACGUUCAAGAUCUAUAGAGCAGUUUAGAAAUGGGGAGAUGGAUGUUCUUGUUGGAACAGAUGUGGCGUCAAAAGGACUAGACUUUGCAAAUAUUCAGCAUGUAAUAAACUUUGAUAUGCCAAAAGAGAUUGAGAACUAUGUCCAUAGAAUAGGGAGAACAGGAAGAGGCGAGUCUGUUGGGGUCUCAACCACAUUUAUAGAUAAUUCUUUAUCUGAAACAUUAUUACGUGAUCUUAAAGCUUUGCUAAUAGAGGCAAAACAAGAAAUUCCUCCAUUUUUGGAGCAGUUUGAUACUACAAAUACUUCUUUGCAAGAGAUUGGAGGAGUAAGGGGUUGUGCAUAUUGUGGUGGACUCGGCCAUCGUAUUGCUCAGUGUAACAAGCUUUUAGAAUUACAAAAAAGAACUCAGUCUGGAGCUCCGAGAGAUACUCUUUCACUUGGAGCCAGAUAUACAAGUUCAAAUAAGGAGGAUUGGUAG